GGCGUUAUCAUGGAUCUUAUCAAAGUAACUGUGGUUUAAAUGUUUGAUGCUACAACACUCAGCUCCAGCCAGAUGUCGUGGCGCUAGGCUGUGAUGCAUGCAGAGAACGGCUUCUCAGAAUGAGUGAUCGCUCCGAAGCGGCGCUGCUGCCGACAGCUUCGGACUGGGACACGAUCGUGGAAGCAGCGUCUCUUGCAGCUCAUGUAAGUCGGAAGGUUACGAAUCGUAAACACACCAAACACUAUUUGAUGGCCAUUCUGUGCCGAGAAAUUUAAACCAACAAGUGCUCUGCUUAGUUACAUUAGGGGUCGUUCAUAACGGAUGUCUGAAAGAGGAGGAUAUGUUCAAACGCAGACAAGUGUUGAUGGCAUACAGGAUCUUGCGGACGUCCAUUCGGUAGUAUUUUUUGUUACAUGCUGCUUAAAGCUCACUGUAUGUUCAAAGAUUUAAAUUGUGGACAUCCUCUAUAGCUGCACUGAACGUCCUUCGCUUGGAGGAUCUAUAUGAAAAAAGAAAGAUUGGUAUAAAACUAAGCAUAUUUUGGAUGAUAAAUCCCACUCAAAUCAUCACAGAUACCUAAGACCUAACAUCAGAUCAAUCAGGCCCUGAUUCAGGGCGAAUUCUUUCUCUUAAAUUUAGGACCGAAAGAUAUAUAAAUUAUUUUCUUCCACAGUAUCUCAUACUUGAGAAUAAAGCAUCGGGGCGCCACAAGGUUGCCUUCUCUCCCCUGUCCCGCAUAAAUAUAUACCAUUGAUAAUCAACACCGUUCUAAUUAGAGAACGACCGAAAGGGAUUUUCUGAUUUCGGCCGAUACCGAAAUUAGGCCGAAAGUUAAAAAUGACUUUUGGCCGAAACCGAAACCAAAGGCUUAACGAGACUUUCGGCUGAAACCGAAGCCGAAACCAAAAGCUUAAUGAUACUUUCGACCGGAGCCGAAACUGACACGAAAUUCGAUCACGCACACUUUCUGCAUACAUCGAAAAUGAUGGGGAAAUUACCAGUAUUUACAUUCUCUUUAUAAACAAUGAGAUUAUCGGGAAUAUUAAUAAAUAUUCAUCUAAUGCAAGGGUCUUAAAUUCGCGGUCCGCACUACGUUAUUUUGCGGUCCGCUAAAUACUAAAUGACAGCAAAGUUUAGUGUUAAUGAGGAUGGCGCGUUUUCCCCAUUCUCAUAAGUAUAAUGCGACCCUUCGCGAAAGUUUCAGUGGAAUGUCACCAACUAGUGUAAUUCUGAUUUUUAUUAUGUUUGCGUAUUAUAUGUUGAUUAAAAUGGUAGGAACCGUUUUUAAAAUCGGACAAAAAGUUUUUAUUUGAUAGCAUUUUAUGAGACAAACAUGACCAAAGUGCGGUUUUCAGAAAAGUUUUUAAAAGUCAGUUAGUGGGUAAUGCACAACCAUAAUUGUGUAAAUCGUAGCAAUCUGACACAGUACCAAAUAAUCACUAUUAAAAUUGCCGCUAGUGUUUACGAGUGAGGAAAAUUCCGAGCCUGUCAACUUGGUCAAUAUCAAAAUAGGAUUAAUCAAAAAGGCCUUUUCUUCGAUAAAAAAUAAUCAAAAUUCAUUCUCCCUACAAUAGCUUUUUCUUUCGCAUAAAUAAUUCAUAAUUCUGACCCGCUCCGGCCUACUGUUUGGAUACGUUUCAGUUUUCAAAGCCUUCAUGGAGAAGGAUGGGGUGGUUGUUCCUGUACUAAGUGACCCCCGAAUGGCCCAUGAAAACACUUGAACAACUAUUUGCAGACAGAUGUUAUUCUAAAACUAAACACAUUUUUGAUGAAUCAUCCCACCCUCUUCAUCACAGAUCUUUAAUUAUGGAUUUAAUAGGCAAGUUUUAUUGAAAUGUAGAGGCUGCCCGAAUAUCACGGGUCUUGGCGGAAAGCUAUUACAAAAAAAAUUAUAAUAAUAAAGAAUAGUUCGAUACAUGGGGGCACGCGAAAUUGAUGCUGGCGGGUCGCUUACAGCCCACGGGCCCUAUUUUGUGCACGCCUGUCUUAGAUGUCUUAGAUGUCUUGUGUUUCAAUUAAUAUAACUGGAAGAUGUUGUCUUGGUUUUAAAAAGUACUUAUUUAUGUGCUGAAAACGAACAUGUAGAAUGUAAUCGAUAAACAUUUAAAUUUAUUUGGUUCAAUAUAGAAUCUUAUCUUCUCUCUUUGUGAAAUAAUUAUUAGCUUAAACCACCAAGAGAACUGCAUGAGGCAAAUCACUCUUGUCAUUUGGUUGCUCUUUAUCAACACAUGCCCAAUGCGAGUUGGAAAUGUUAUCUACUUCUCAGUUAUGUUGCUCUUCAUAAUAGUUAUUGUACUUCCUGGAAUUUUGUAUAGAAUAAUGCCGAGAUGAGGAAGUUCACAAACGAAUACCCGUGCUACAUAUGACUGGUAUAUAUCACUGGUAUAUAUCCUUAGUACAGAUCCCUAGUACAUAUUCUUAGUACAUAUCCUUAGUACAUAUCCUUAGCACUUAUAUCCAUAGUACAUAUUCUUAGUACAUAACCUUAUUACAUAUCUCUAGUAUAUAUCCAUAGUACAUAUCCUUACUACAUAUCCUUAGUACAUAUCGCUAUAUAUAGAACAUAUCCUUUGUACGUAUCUCUAGUACAUAUCUUUAGUACAUAUCCCUAGUAAAUAUUCUUAGUAAAUAUCCCUAGUACAUAUCUUUAGUGCAUAUCCUUGAUACAUAUCCCAAGCACAUAUCCCUAGUACAUAUCCCUAGUGCAUAUCCAUGGUACGUAUCACAGGUAGAUAACACUAGUACAUAUGGCUAGUACAUAUCCCUAGUAUAUAUCCUUAGUAUAUACCCCUAGUACAUAUCACUGGUAUGUAUCACUGGUACAUAUCCCUAGUAUGUGUCCCUGUAUUCUUGGAGGGUACGUAAGCCCAGAGAUAAAAAGAAAUACCCAAUCAUAAAAGUCGGUAGCAAGCUUGUCUUCUCUGAGAUGCUAUUCAGAAGUCAUUAGGGAGCUUCCAACUUGUCUUCUCUGACAUGCUAUUCAGAAGUCUGUAGGGAGCUUCCAACUUGUCUUCUCUGACAUGCUAUUCAGAAGUCAUUAGGGAGCUUCCAACUUGUCUUCUCUGACAUGCUAUUUAGAAGUAUGUAGAGAGCUUCCAACUUGUCUUCUCUGACAUGCUGUUCAGAAGUCUGAAGGGAGCUUUCUACUUGUCUUCUUUGACAUGCUAUUCAGACGCACAAUACAGUGAGCGAAAUAAAAGGAAAUCAAUGUAUCAGACUACAUUAAACAAAAUAAAAUCAUUCUAUUGAUAGUGUAUUGGUAAUACAUGAAAUCAAUAGGUACCUUCCAAAUUUGAUCUCUGUAUGAAAUGACACAGUGCACUGUUUACCAGGACAUGCAAUAUAAAUGCUGUAUGCAAUAAACUAAUUUCUUUCUUCCUGGCAGUGGUAGACUGAAGUACAGAUUGCCGUAGCGCCCCGGAACAAAAAUCUUUAAUUAGGGCUUUAAUAGGCAAGUUUUAUUGCAAUGUAGAGGCGUCCCCAAUAUCAUGGGUCUUGGCGGAACUCCGGAAAUUUGUGGGGUGUCCUGGCAUCGCAGUCCACCCCUGCUUCCCGUGAUGAACUAGUAUACAAAUAUUAUUUUAAUUGACGUUCUUAAAUGAUCAUCAAAAGUUUGACACAAUGGAUGUUCUUAAUUUAUCAUCAAAACUUUGAAACCAUGAAAAUCAUGGAGGUUUGAAUAGUUUGAGUUUCUGUUUUUCAAUGAUGACAAUAUCCACUCCAUAGUUGGUCAUGAUCACUCCAUAGUUGGUCAUGAUCACUCCAUAGUUGGUCAUGAUCACUCCAUAGUUGGUCAUGAUCACUCCAUAGUUGAUCAUGAUCACUCCAUAGUUGGUCAUAAUCACUCCAUAGUUGUUCAUGAUCACUCCAUAGUUGAUCAUGCUUAGGGAGAUAAGUCAAUAAAAAUUAUUAUCGCAUUGAUAGAAAAUAUGAGACUCUUUGAGACUCUAUAUGAGACUCCCUACAUGAGACUCUAAAUAUUUCUUUAUAGUAAAAGAAACUAGGUUUUCUUGAGCUUUGCUGGAACAUUUCUUGAAAUUUUCUUGAACAUUACUUGAGCUUUUCUAGAACAUUUCUUGAACUUUUCUUUAAUAUUACUUGAGCUUUUUUAGAACAUUUUUUGAACUUUUCUAGACCAUUUCUUGAACUUUUCUUGAAUAUUAAUUCAGCUUUUUAUUAUUGUUUUUUUAAAUCUGUUUUGAUAAUAAUAUUACUGCAUUUGUAAGUUUGCGAAUGAUAUGAAUUCAAAUAGGAAAUGAAAAUAAUUUUAUGUCAUCAAAGAUUUUGAUAAUUUUUCCAAUUGUUUACGCGUCUCGGUCCAAUUAAGUUCAGGUCCAACCAUGUUUAAAAAUUGUGUUUUCUUUUCUAUUCACGCUAUUAAUAUUUUACCUUUCCAUGGACAUCAUUGAGACGACAAAUCUGUUCCUUCCAAUGUUCCAUGGACAUCAUUGAGACGACAGAUCUGUUCCUUCCAAUGUUCCAUGGACAUCAUUGAGACAACAGAUCUGUUCCUUACAAUGUUCGUUUGUUUUAAAAAGUAAUUUCAAAAUACAUUUUUCCUGAAACACAAAUCUUAUUAUUUUUCCCCAAUACCAGGAAACAAGACACGAUUGUACGGAACCAAACCAUAGCAUUGACAAUCCACAAAUCUUGAAUGUCACUACGGAUAGCAUUGACAAUCCACAAAACUUGAAUGUCACUACGGAUUAUACGUCAGUUCCCACAUCAAGGUCAUUCCCGCUGACUUUACGCUCUGAUUUAGGAUUGUCCAGGUCUACCUUCAGUGAACCCUGUGGCCUACAGAUCAAUGCCCACGACGCGGUCCGUGAACCCUGUGCCCUACAGAUCAAUGCCCAUGACGUUGCCCGUGAAUCAUGUGGUCUACAGAUCAAUGCCCACAACGCGGCCCAUGAACCCUGUGGUCCACAGAUCAAUGCCCACGACAUGGCCCGUAAAGCAAAUGCAGAGAAUAAACAAACACUUGAACAUUUAAGAGAAGAAACUGCUUCCAAAUCUCUUGUCGAGCGACAGAAGAUGGGUAACUGUCCGUUGUCCGACACCAAGGUCACAGAAACGUAUGGAGGCGACACUGCCAAACAGGUAGUGGGGACGAACAUCGAGGUGAGGAAACCGGAAGCAUCUGAUUCAAAGUGUGGAGAUCGCCGCUGUCCUGUGGCUCAGCGAAAUGAAUGCUGUCUCAAAAGCAAGCCACAUUCACCUGCGAGGUUUCUAGAAUGCUGUCUUGCAGCUGAAGAUGGUGCCAGAGUUUCGUUCACCUAUCCUUACCUCAAAAAUCAACCGGAAGUGUUUGUGUGUGGACAAGUUCCAGAUCAAAAUGCUGGCGACAGGCGGGGGCUUAGUGAAGGCUCAUCACUGCAGAUCCUCAACAAUGGGGCACAACCCUGCAGUUGCGCCAUGUCAACAGGUGGAGAUAAUAACCUAAACGUGGAUGGUUUACUCAGCUCAAAAAUCUGUCAUGGAAAGUACGGCGAUAUACGUGUGUCGGAUAGCGGUAUCCACUCGGAAGGAGACUGCUGUAGGAUAUGCCAGGAAGACGGCACCUAUGAGAAACUUAUCUCCCCUUGUUAUUGCUCAGGAACUGUGGGCUUUAUGCAUUUGUCUUGUCUUGAAACCUGGCUCGGCCUCAACGGUAGAACAGCGUGCGAACUCUGCUUAUUUCCUUUUCCUGUUGUCAAAAUCCAGCCCAGCAUUUGGCAGUUCUUUAAGCGACCGUUGGUCAAUAUGGAUUUCGCCAGCUUGCUGUGUGACAUAGCAUGUUUUUGUGUACUCACUCCCUUAUUGGUAGCCAGCACGUACCUGUGUAGCAUGGGUGUUAGCCAUUAUCAAGAGGUUGGUAAGACCGGCUCUGUCUUCGCCAUAGUCACCUUGAUGGUGUCGCUGAUAGCCGUGUACAUUUCGUGGGCCGUACUAGCCAUUCUGUACCACAGAAGGGUGUUCAUGACUUGGCGGGAGAGAACAGCUCGCAUUCGCAUGUGGACGGACAAGACUUCGUCCCCGGCGCCGACCAAGAUGCCAGACGUGAGCGAUGACUCGGUCAGUACAACCCAUUCGAGGAUGGGCUCUUUCGCAUCAAGGAGACUCUCGGGCACGUCUAUACUUCUGAAGCCCAUUCUGUGGUACUCGGGCAGUUUGCGCUCCCAGCGACUCACAUCCCGCACACCGUUUGAUCAGGACGUGAACUCAAAUCGCCAAAGAAACUCUCAAGGAGAGAGGAACGACGGCAUGAACAGAACAUUUGGGAAAACCCAAAGAGCAAGAUCCCGCCAGCCGUGCUCGUGCUGCUCCUCGCUGAGGCCGGAUCUCAAACUGUGUCCAUUUUUGUCGAAACCGACACUUCCGCCAUUGCCAUCUUGUCUAGAUGUACAUUCGCUAAAAUCGUCCCCUGAAAAUGGGGCACAGUGUUCAGUUAACAGCAAUCCGUAACAUCAUUAUGAAGCACAACUCUGUUCAAAUGUUCAUAGCGAAAUGCAAAUCAAUGAGAUUAUCUACCCUAUAAGCUGAACAGAAUAAUAUGUUAUUGGCCUAGAACAGAAUACAUAGAAUUAAUAUUUAAUUGACCUAUGAAUAUUUAUAAACAGCAAUUAACUACAUUUUAUACUUUCUUUCUUUUGAAGGACUCCAAGGGUUAAUGUCGUUUUUCAGUUUUGUUUAUUUUGAAAUGAGUAAAACAUUUAGGGAUACUAUUUUUUAUAGUAAACAAUUUCCUAUUGUUCUUGUAAAAUCUGAGUCCCUCCUUCCAAUGACGCUAUGCUGACGUCAGCAUCUGUGGCUUACAAAUUUCGGAUGCGAGUCUUCGUUAGCGUUUUACUACUGGUUUGUUGUCAUGGACACUUUUAUAUGGGGAAAGUAUCUAUUGGUUCAAACAAACACGGUAUGAACGGCUUUCGGGGUGGAAAGGGAAGACAAUCUUCUACUACUAAUUUUUAGUAUUGCCGGCUAGUAUCAGGCGUCCUUAAACAGAACAAAAUGUGUGUAAAUAUUACAGCGUAAUUUUUUUUUAAAGUUUGCGAGUCUAAAAGAAAAAAAGAAUUGGAAAAGCUCUCUUAAAAUAACGACACAACUUAAAAAUAUAAAGAAAUCUUCAACACUAUAAUUUCUGUUAUUAUAUUUCAGCAAUAGGAACUAUCUUUUGAAUUAGAAUUCAUUCUUAAAGGAUUAUAUAUUAGGGACAGAAGCUCUCUUUUGAGUUAGAAGUCAUUUUUAAAAGUAUUAGUAUUAUAUUUCAGGGAUAGAAAAUCUCUUUUGGGUUAGAUGUCAUUUUUUAAAAGUAAACUAAUUUAGAAUUUUUUUUGGGGGGAACCACAUGCCAUUUUAGAUGAGUAAUUUUUAAAAAAAACUUAACCGCAUCCAGUCAUUCCGGAGCCUUGGUUUGCUGACCACUGCUCCAUUUCGUUGACCAGCUGAGAAGGUGUUUAAUGUCACUUCUACUUCUCCGCUAACAAAUACAAUUAUACUUUUUCCUCCAAAGAUCAUGAUGUUGUUUUAUUUAAAACAAAAUUUUAAAUGGGAAGAUUGCUCAGGUCAGGGUCAAAUUUAGCUCCUCUCGC